AUGUCUACCCGUCCGGCUAGCGCUCACUCCCGCAAGGCCUGGGACAGUGGUGACCUGGGGCUAGUGGACAGCAGUAGUACCGCUGGCGGACACUCAAGCAUCGUUUCCCAGUCUUACGGUAUGGAACCCGGCCUUUAUGGGAACAACAAAGUUAACCAAAAGCAAGCACAGAAUCUGUCAUGUUGUGGAAAAGUGAUGAAAGCCAUCCGUUCUCUGUGGGCUACCCGUGACACGGAAGAAACCAAGGGCGACCGUGAACUUCACGUGAAGACCACAUUAAGAGAAUUAAUCAUAUACAUCGUUUUCCUGUCUGUACUUUGUGUUAUCACCUUCGGAAUGACCAGUCCAUCUAUGUAUUACUACACCAAGGCCAUGACUGAUUUGUUUGUUGACUCCACCUACAGUGGAGGUGGUAGUUUCAGGACAAUUAACACUGUUGCUGAUUUCUGGAAAUUUGCCAAAGGUCCUCUGAUUGAUGCUCUCUACUGGGAAAAAUGGUACAAUGAAGACCCCAUUGUUGGUGAUGGCUACAUCUACUAUGAGAAUAAACUUCUUGGACUACCUCGUAUGCGGCAGCUAAAAGUUCGCAAUGAUUCCUGUCUUGUCCAUCCUGAUUUCAAAAGUUCCAUCAAGCAAUGUUUCGAUGACUAUUCUGAAAUCAAUGAAGAUCGUGCAACGACAUUUGGAAAACCAGCAGAAAUUGAAAAAGCAUUCGUAUAUCAAACCAAGAAGGAAUUGGAUGGUAGCACCUACUGGGGUCAACUUACAAGUUACAGUGGUGGCGGUUAUGUUCAAGACCUCAGCAAGACAAAGAAUGAAACAACAAGAAUUAUUGAUGCUCUUUUUGACAAUUUAUGGAUUGACCGUGGAACCAGGGUUGUUUUUAUUGACUUCACUGUAUAUAAUGCCAACAUCAACCUCUUCUGUGUUGUAAGAUUAGUCGUAGAAUUCCCACCAACUGGAGGUGCACUCUCAUCUGUUCAGUUCAGCACUGUAAAGCUCAUUCGUUAUGUUAACAGUUUGGACUAUUUUGUUAUGGCCUGUGAAGCCAUCUUUGUGCUUUUCAUUCUCUAUUACAUCAUUGAAGAAACCAUUGAGAUCAAGAAACACAAGUUCUCCUACUUCAAAGGCUUUUGGAACAUCCUGGACAUGUUAGUUAUCUUCAUCUCCACAUUGUGCAUUGCGUUUAACGUCUACCGAACCAUCGCAGUCAGUGAAAAACUCAAAUCAUUACUUGCAAAAGGUGACAUCUACGCCCAAUUCGAAUUCCUUGCAUUUUGUCAGGUGCAAUUCAACAAUGCCAUUGCUAUCACAGUUUUCCUAGCAUGGAUCAAGAUUUUCAAAUACAUCAGCUUCAACAAAACAAUGACUCAACUAUCAUCUACGCUUGGGAAAUGUGCAAAAGAUUUGGCAGGAUUUGCAGUCAUGUUCUUUAUCAUUUUCUUGGCUUUCACCCAACUUGGCUAUUUGAUUUUCGGAACUCAAAUCAAAGACUUCAGCAGCUUUGAAGAUUCUUUCUUUACUCUCUUCCGUAUCAUCUUGGGCGACUUCGAUUUUGUUCAACUGGAAGCGGCAGACAGAGUGCUUGGACCAAUAUUCUUCUUCCUCUAUGUAUUCUUUGUGUUCUUCGUACUCCUUAAUAUGUUCUUGGCUAUCAUUAAUGAUACUUAUUCCGAGGUCAAAGGAGACAUUGCCAACCAAAAGAAUGAAUUUGAGAUGGGAGACUAUUUCAAGAGAGGAUAUCAAAGAAUGGUUGAUAAACUUAACUUUAAACGUGACAAAAUUGUUGAUAUCCAAAGAGCAUUGCAAUCCGCUGAUAUUAACCAAGACAAUCAUCUGGACUUUGAUGAAUGGCGCCAGGAUAUGAAAUCGCGUGGAUAUGCUGAUGGAGAAAUCGAAGCUAUGUUUGCUAAAUAUGAUGUGGACGGUGACCGUGUUCUUGAUGAGGAAGAACAAAGGAGAAUGCAAGCUGAUUUGUCUGAACAGAAAGCUGCCCUCACUAAAGAGUAUGAUGAACUGGAAGAAAAAGCUGGCAAUCAGGGACGGCACUGCAGCAGCCGUAUGAGUUACCAGGAUGACAGUGGUGAGGAUAGUGAUGAUGAAGAUAACGGCUCAAAGCUUUCACGGUCAGGACGUGUUACUAAUGGUGUUUCAUAUGAGGAAUUUACGGUACUGUCACGCCGUGUAGAUCGCAUGGAACAUUCCAUUGGAAGCAUUGUAUCCAAAAUUGACGCAGUUCUUGUAAAACUUGAAGCGAUGGAAAAAGCCAAAAUAAAACGACGAGAGACUAUGGCCAAAAUGCUUGAUAGCAUCACUGAGUCUACGGGCAACAGUGAUGAAAUGAAACGUGAUCAGAUGGAGAAACUUGUGCGUGAAGAACUCGAACGUUGGGACUCGGAAGCUUCUAUUAGUCAACCCAAUGGACGUGGAGGGUCACCUGGAAGCAGUAGUGGACCAGACCAGGAUCUGGACAAAAUACAUCUGAAGUGUAAACCUUGUUUUGCUGGCAAAUUCCCACAUGUAGACUGCCACAGAGUAAUUUGGAAUUACAAGACCAAGUGUACCAAUUCCAAGAUGCACCCAGAACAAGAAUAA